GAUAAACACAGAUUUAGACAUACAAAGAUGUUUGGAGAAACUGGUUCUGAGUCUGACUAUGCUCUUUUAGAGUCAAUCACACAGCAUCUUCUAUCUAAUGAUAUCGAUACUACUACUUCGUUUUCAGCAAAUGCUUACGACAAUAACUAUAACAACAUUAAUAACAAGCCACUGUAUUGUCGGUCUUCAAGCUUCAGCAGCAUGUUUUUAACGGAGAGCUGGGGUGACUUGCCGUUAAAGGUGGACGACAACGAAGACAUGGUCGUUUACGGCGCCUUACGCGACGCUGUAAACAAUGGAUGGGUUCCGUUAUGUCAGUCUAAUGACAUAACAGGAACAACAUCGAUGAUGACGAUGACAGCAGCAACAACAACAAAUAACAAUGUAAAUGUUGUUGACUUGGAGACUACUACUCAUCACCACGUGGUGGGGGAGGCGCGUGAGGUGCACGCGCGGAGGAGUGGCACGAAUUUUCGAGGAGUGAGGAGGAGGCCGUGGGGAAAGUACGCGGCGGAGAUAAGGGACCCAAAGAAGAACGGCGCAAGGGUGUGGCUUGGGACCUAUGAGGUGGCUGAGGAUGCGGCUUUGGCUUAUGACAAAGCCGCUUUCAAAAUGCGUGGCUCAAAAGCUAAGCUCAAUUUUCCUCACCUUAUUGGGUCAUCAUCAGAAUGUGAUCAGCCAGUUAGGGUCGGUGUUAAGCGUGGCUCGGCUGAGCCGUCCACUUUGACUCUGAAGCCUGAGCUGAAAAAGAACAAGUUUGUUGGCUCUUCGGCGGCUCAUGAAGCUGGUUCUAACGUGGAGACAUUGUUGGAUGCGUUUGAACUUCGAAGUGCAAUGGCUAACCCUUGGCCGCAUGUUAUUGGCUAAGGAAUUGUAUUUUUUUUUUUAAUUCCCUCAUUUUUUUUUGUGUCUUGAAUUGAAAUUAUAGGAGGAUUAAUUAAGAAAAGUGCUUAUAACUU